AUGCAGUUCGCUAAUGAUUCCAACAACCUGCACAAUCACCAAAGAUGCCUGCGUCCAGAUGGUGAUCAUAUAGAUAGAUGCAAAUGUGAAGAACUGGCUGGUCUGGUCGCCGACCAGGUUUUCAACGCCGGUCAAAAGAAUCAUAAAGUGAAUGAACACUUUCAUAGGCGGCUUGGUCUUGUACAUCGAGAGUCUUGCAACCAAUUGCUGUCUGGAAAGCUCGUGAAGCAUGUACUUCUUGUCGAGCCAGUUCAAAUACAGAACAGCUGCAAUUGGAAUGGAGGUCAGAAGAACCGCCAAAACGUACUUCAAGGUCUGCUUCUUAGGAGCAUGCUCGGUAUGGUCAGGGUCAGAAUCCAAGCUAAUGGUGGUCUCUGUGACCUGGAUCUUUUCGAGUUUUUCGAUGUCGGACAUGGCGCUCAGAAUAAACAAGUUGAGGAUAAAAGUGUAUCCUUUAAUAUUUGGCGCAUCGCCAAAUAUUCACCCUUACAGUAG